UUUUAUCUUUAUUCUCUAUUCUUUUCUUUUUUUUUUUCUGUGGCUUUACUACUUUUCGAAUGCCACUUUACUUGACUUGGUGUUCAUAGAUUAUGCCAAAUUUCUCCCUUACUGUUCUUAGUUUCAGCAAAGUUAGUUCAAGAAUACCAACUGCUGAAUGCUGACAGCCGUCCCAGCUUCUGAAAUUUACUGCAAAUGGUUCUUUUUUAGUUGUUUUCCUUUGCUCCAAGACCGGUGUUUCCUUUCCCUUUUAUGAUAUCUCUCUCUGUCUACAUCUCUGAGUUCUGGGGCCGACAUCUCUGAACAUCGUAUCCUCCGUCUGUUUCUUUAACGGACUCUGAUUUUGGACCUGUCUCGACAGUCCUCGUUACAUCACCACUCCCAUCUUCCUGGAUCCAGUUCCAGCUCUCCAAGCUAACUGUUACCUGCUAUUAAGAAAUGUUGGAGAAAUUGGAUUGUCAAGAGAUCUGAAAGUGAAGUUAACAGGAGUCUGCAUAGAAGAGAUCAAUCGCCCAGAAAUGAUUCCCGGCGCGUUCUAUGAUUCCUUUAUGUAAAUCAGAGCACAUGAAGGGAAAGUAAUAUUCCCAAAAAAAAAAAAAAGAAAAUGAAGAAAUUAUGGAGGGUAAUGGUAUGCUUAACAUCACAGGAACAGGGAAUCUUCGGUUUCUUGUUGUUGCUUCUAUUCCAACAUUUCGUCAUGUGGGCAGAAGCUAGACAAUUGGUUUCAGGGCAAAAGCAAAGCAAUGAUGAUGUGAUCAAGUUGAUGGCUUUCAAGCGCUUCUCCAUUACCUCUGAUCCGCACGAUGCCUUAGCCAACUGGACUGAUGAUUCUUCUAGCCCAUGCUCAUGGCGUGGCGUCUUCUGCUCUCCUUAUGGCCGUGUUACUGCUCUGAACCUCAGUUAUGCAGGCCUUGUUGGUGGCCUACACCUCCCUAACCUAACAGCCUUAUCUGCUCUCCGUCAUCUCUAUUUGCAAGGAAAUUCAUUUUCUGCUGCUGAUCUUUCUGCUUCCACUAAUGUCUCAUGCAACCUUGAAACUCUUGACUUGUCCUCCAAUACCAUCUCAAAGCCUCUUCCGGAACAAUCACUUUUCUCCGUGUGUAACAGUCUAGCUAACGUUAACCUGUCUCGCAAUUCAAUUCCUGGGGGAAUUCUUAGGUUUGGUCCUUCCUUGCUGCAGCUUGACCUCUCUCGUAAUCGGAUUUCUGAUUUUGCCCUGUUGAACUACUCCCUCUCUAGCUGCCAGAAUUUGAAUCUGCUCAACUUUUCAGAUAAUAAGCUCACGGGAAAACUUGAUCUUUCUUCCCUUUCUUGCAAGAAUUUAAUUGUUCUUGAUCUCUCAUACAAUCUCUUUUCUGGACCGAUACCACCAAGUUUCUUGCCAGAUUCACUGGUUUCCCUCAAGCAUCUCGAUCUCUCCCACAACAACUUCUCUGGCAAGUUCUCCAGCCUAAAUUUUGGGCAGUGCAGCAACCUCACCCUGCUCAGCUUGUCUCAGAACAACCUCUCUGACUCUGAGUUCCCAGCUAGCCUCAGAAACUGUCACUUUCUAGAGGCACUUGACUUGUCUCAUAUUGGGCUGCAGCAAAAGAUACCAGGGGGCUUGUUGGGAAAUUUCAAGAAUUUGAAGCGUCUAUCCUUGGCUCAUAAUCAGUUUACUGGUGAAAUCCCUCAUGAGUUGAGACAGGCUUGUGGAACUCUCGAGGAACUUGAUCUGUCAUCUAACAAACUCACUGGUGGAUUGCCUUUGGCUUUUACAUCAUGCUCUCAUUUGCAAGUUCUGAACCUAGGAAGCAAUCUACUUUCAGGAGAUUUCCUCAGUGCAGUUGUGAGCACUCUCCCGAGCUUGAGAUAUUUUUAUGUACCAUUCAACAAUAUUUCUGGAUAUGUGCCCUUGUCACUUACCAAUUGUACUCAGCUUCAGGUGCUCGACCUUGGUUCUAAUGCCUUUACAGGGAAUAUCCCUCCAGGAUUUUGUUCUUCAACGUCAACUUUGGAAAAGAUUCUUUUAGCCAACAAUUACCUUUCAGGAAGUGUGCCCUCGGAGCUUGGAAACUGCAAGAACUUAAGGACAUUAGAUCUUAGUUUCAACAGCUUGACUGGUUCUAUUCCCUUAGAUAUUUGGAAGUUGCCAAAUCUUUCUGACCUGGUUAUGUGGGCAAAUAACCUCACUGGUGAGAUCCCAGAAAGCAUUUGUGUCAAUGGAGGAAACCUGGAGACCCUGAUUCUCAACAAUAAUCUCAUCACUGGAAGCAUUCCAAAAUCCAUCGCCAAGUGUACCAAUAUGGUAUGGGUGUCACUUUCUAGCAACAGCCUUACAGGGGAAAUUCCUUCUGGUUUUGGAAAUCUUCUUAAGCUUGCUAUCCUGCAAUUGGGUAACAAUUCUCUGACUGGACAGAUUCCACAAGAGCUUGGCAAAUGCCAGAGCCUCAUUUGGCUUGAUUUAAAUAGCAAUGAUAUCAGUGGUGCUCUCCCACCUGAGCUUGCAAACCAAGCUGGCCUAGUCAUGCCUGGAAGUGUUUCGGGGAAGCAAUUUGCAUUUGUAAGAAAUGAGGGUGGAACAGCUUGCAGGGGUGCUGGAGGUUUAGUUGAAUUUGAGGGAAUACGGGCAGAAAGGCUUGAAAGUUUUCCCAUGGUUCAUUCUUGCUCAUCAACAAGAAUUUACUCUGGUACGACAGUAUAUACCUUUUCCAAUAAUGGAAGCAUGAUCUACCUUGAUGUCUCUUAUAAUAAUUUGUCAGGUAGUAUUCCUGAGAAUUUCGGUAAUAUGAGCUAUCUCCAGGUCUUGAAUUUGGGACAUAAUAAGCUAAUGGGAAAUAUUCCUGAAAGUUUUGGAGGUUUGAAAGCUAUUGGCGUCUUGGAUCUCUCUCAUAAUUAUCUCCAAGGUUAUCUGCCAGGUUCAUUGGGGACUCUCACUUUUCUUAGUGACCUUGACGUAUCCAACAACAACCUCACAGGUCCCAUCCCUGCUGGAGGCCAGCUGACCACUUUCCCAUCAUCCAGAUAUGAAAACAAUUCUGGACUUUGCGGGGUUCCCUUGCCUCCUUGUGCCUCUGGAAGUCAUCGAUCAAACCUUCACUCUCAGAAUAAAAGGUCAUCUGUGGCAGUUGGGAUGGUAGUUGGCAUUACAUUCUCUCUUUUAUGCAUUCUUGGACUAACAUUAGCUCUUUAUCGAGUGAAAAAGCACCAGCUUAAGGAGGAAAAGAGAGAGAAAUACAUUGAAAGCCUACCAACUUCAGGUAGCAGUAUCUGGAAACUCUCCAGUGUCCCUGAGCCUUUGAGCAUCAACAUUGCCACUUUUGAGAAACCUCUACGGAAAUUAACCUUUGCCCAUCUGCUUGAAGCUACUAAUGGUUUCAGUGCGGAAAGUUUGAUAGGGUCUGGAGGGUUUGGUGAGGUCUACAAGGCACAACUGAGAGAUGGCUGUGUAGUUGCAAUCAAGAAGCUAAUUCAUAUCACAGGGCAGGGAGACAGAGAGUUUAUGGCAGAAAUGGAAACCAUUGGGAAGAUCAAGCACCGGAACCUGGUUCCUUUGCUGGGUUACUGCAAGGUUGGGGAGGAGAGGCUUCUUGUGUAUGAGUACAUGAAAUGGGGAAGUUUGGAGUCUGUUCUUCAUGACAAGGCCAAAGGAAGAGGAUCAAGGCUUGACUGGGCAGCUAGAAGGAAGAUUGCGAUAGGUUCAGCAAGAGGUCUUGCUUUCCUUCAUCAUAGCUGUAUUCCUCAUAUUAUCCACCGGGACAUGAAAUCUAGCAAUGUACUCCUUGAUGAAAAUUUUGAGGCUAGAGUUUCUGAUUUUGGCAUGGCGAGAUUAGUAAAUGCCCUUGAUACUCAUCUUAGUGUGAGCACACUUGCAGGAACUCCAGGAUAUGUUCCCCCAGAGUACUAUCAGAGUUUCCGGUGUACAACAAAAGGUGACGUCUACAGUUAUGGUGUCAUACUGCUAGAGCUUCUCUCUGGCAAAAGGCCUAUAGACUCAUCUGAGUUUGGCGAUGACAAUAACAUUGUAGGAUGGGCGAAGCAGCUUCACAGAGAGAAGAGAAUUGAUGAGAUAUUGGACCCUGAGUUGAUGUCAGAGAAAUCUGGUGAGGCGGAGUUGCACCAGUAUCUGAGGAUUGCCUUCGAGUGCCUUGAUGAUAGGCCCUUUCGACGUCCAACUAUGAUACAGGUGAUGGCAAUGUUCAAGGAGCUUCAAGUUGAUUCAGAGAGUGAUAUCCUUGAUGGUUUCUCUCUCAAAGAAAACGUUAUUGAAGAAUCAUGAGGGAAAGAACCAUGGAAGUACAUCCAACUUUGGUUGGAGUGGAAAGGUCUUGUUCCUGCCAUCCUGCAUAUGUGGUGAGGCUGAGUUUGCAGAUACAGUAGCUACAAGUUGAAUCUCUGAUAUUGUUGAUAGGCUUCAUUGAUAAGUUUUUGCCUAGUGUAAAUAGUAGAAAGCACUGAAUGAGACAGAGAAGUUCAAAGAAAACAUGGGGGGAACAAAGUAAUGGGGUCUUCAUAUGCUAAAACCUGGGUACAAUAGAAUUUCUUUCCUUUGAACAUCCUUUUUGUCACCAAAGACUUCAAAACUUUGCUUCUUUUCCAUUAGCUUGAUUUUCCUGCCACAGUUUUGCUAACUGAUAUUUAAUCAUCUUCUUUGUAAAGUUUAAUAGGAUCAUUAAUAGGAAAUUGGAAUCUCAAUUGUAUCAUUUGCAUUUAGUUUAGUGAGCAAUUACAGAAUUACUUUGGCAGUGAAUUGAUUCACAAAUAAGUUUUAUAACCAUAGGUCCAUUAACUCCACUUCAGAUGCUUUGCACCCUCCAACCCGAGUAGUUGUUUUUCUUUUUUUUUGUUCCAGCAUGAACUUGACAUGAUUACAUGACAACUCAAGCAUUAUACCGGAUAAUCUCUUUAAGAUUUUCUUUGAAUAUGGACUAUUCUUCUGUUGACUCAGAAAUAUGAUUGAAUCUACACGUUGUUUCUAUCUAAAAGAAGCAGUGGAUGCAGAAAAUCAAGCAAAAUUAGGCUUUCUUUUCUCUGCCUACUCAGCAAGCAAAUGAAGCUAAGUCAACUGAUGAUUUCAAGCACAAUUUCGUGUUUAUUCCUGAUUUAGAUUGCUGGAACUGUUUUUUUUUUUUUUUGUUGCCUAAAGGAUUUCCUUGUUACAGUUCCAGACAUGUGAUGCCUUUGAUAAAUUUAAAUUUAUAACUGUAGUUGCCUAAAAAGGCAUUUGGAUUCGUUCCAAAUAGUUAUCCUCUUUGCAAAUCCAUGUUCUGCUUUAAUCAUUGUUAACCAAUAAAUAAAGUAACAUCUGCAGUACUAUUGUUGUUGGACAUAUAAGGCUUUGGAGCAAUAUAUUUCUUUAGGCAAUAAAGUAUUCAACAUGAAACCCCAUGAUAUAUAUGUCUGAUAUUCAUGCUUUUCCAUGUCCUGGGAUGUGGGCUUUAGCUAUUUAGUCAAAAUCCUUAUUCACAAUUUAGGUCAUUUUUUACACAUUUCUGCAGUGUUCAACGUUUUCGAUUCUUCUUUUGUCUGUUUAUUUCUGGAUUCCUGUUGAUGAAUAUAACCUUUUUGGUGCCAAAUCAAAUUUAAAGUUUGAUUUAUUUGACAUCCAGCAUCAAACACUUAUCAUUUUUUUUUUGACUAAGUUCCAAGAGUUGAUGAUUAAUGCGUUUAUGACCAAAAUGCCCAGGUAGAUUU